AUGGAAUCCGACGACGAAGACCUCAAAGCAGCAAUUGCCGCCUCUUUGGGACAGACUCCGUCUUCACCAAAAAAGGCCAGUAACCAUAACACGUCCGUGGUCGACUUGACGGCAGAAAGUGAUGACGAUGUAGUGCCAAUUUUUCCCAAGUCCAACUCAGUCAUUGGCUCAGAUACCGAUCAAGACGCAAGCGUCUAUGAUGACGCCGAAAACGACGAAGAACUGAAGCUGGCUAUUGCAUUAUCUUUGCAAGAUCCUGCUGGAAAGUAUGGCUCGUCAAAGCCAGCUCUCACGUCUAUUCCACUGUCGGAGCAGGGGGGAAAGGGGCAAGCUGAGCCUAAACCAACUCAGCAGUCAUUCCUUGGUCUCGAUCGCAAACAGAUGGAGGAGGAGCGUCUUGCGCGUCUUGCAAAGAGAAAGGCCGAUUCCCCUGCCGCUGCAGAUGAGAAUCGUGAGCAGAAGCAACCCCGUAUGGAGCUUCAGCCGGAGGCUAGCAGCGUACGUGCCAACAUAGCGCUGCCGUCAUCUGUGCCCUCCAUUCAGUUUCCAGAUGGCACGGUUAAGAAAACGUUUGCACAUGGUUAUCCCAGGCUGGGCGACGAUAUCAAAAUCGAGGAAGUCUUACAAAGCUCAAAUCUCGAGCUGGGGGUCAUAAGCUCGUUUAUCUGGGACACUGAAUGGCUUUUCUCGAAGGUUGACAUGGGGAAGAGUCGGUUAAUGCUGAUAAUGGAAGCAAAGGAUGAUGCCACAAAACGACAAUACGAGUCAGAAACCGCGCACAUGAAAAACUUGCGACUGUGCUUUCCGCCCAUGGAGCCUCAGGUGAAUUGUAUGCACUCCAAACUCAUGCUCCUAUUUCAUCCUACAUAUAUGCGGAUUGCGGUCCCGACCGCAAAUCUCACCCCGUUUGACUGGGGGGAGAAUGGUGUAAUGGAGAAUAGUGUCUUCUUGGUUGACCUUCCCAAGAUGGAUGCCUCAAACUCGAGUGAACAGACAGAAUUCUACAAAGAUCUCGUCUACUUUCUCAAGGCUAGCACCUUGCAUGAAAACAUCAUUGCAAAACUUGAUAAUUUUGACUUUAGCAAGACAGCCCCAUUUGCAUUCGUACAUACCAUUGGUGGCUCGCAUUGGGGCAGUUCUUGGAAGCAAACCGGUUACUGCGGGUUGGGACGUGCGAUAUCAUCCCUUGGAUUACAAGCAAAUAAACCGCUUAAUCUUGAUUUCGUGGCAUCAUCUCUCGGUUCUCUAAAUGCCGACUUCAUGAAAUCUUUAUAUCUUGCCGCUCAAGGCGAUUCUGGUCUUACCGAACUCACACUCCGGACGGCAAAAACGUUCCCUGCCAAAUCGCUUGCUGACCCGCGUCGUCUUAUCCAGGCUUCCACAGCGGAUGAAUGGAAAGAUAGAAUCCGCAUCUAUUUUCCCUCUGAGGAAACGAUUCUCAGGUCCAGGGGUGGUCCAAGCUCCGCGGGGACAAUAUGCUUUCAAGAAAAGUAUCUUAAUAAUGGCAAGUUCCCAAAGAAUGCACUAAGAGACUGUGUUAGUGCGAGGAAUGGGCUGGUAAUGCAUAAUAAGAUUCUAUAUGUCCAACCGGACAAGCCAAUAUCUACCUCAGGCAAUAAGCAAUGCCUUGGGUGGGCAUAUGUCGGGAGCGCAAACUGUUCUGAGAGUGCUUGGGGCCGUUUGGUCCAUGACCGCACGAAAAAACAGCCAAAGCUCAACUGCCGAAACUGGGAAUGCGGCGUCGUAGUCCCAGUCAUUGAACAGAAGAAAUAUGUCGAAGAUGCAGACGCAAGCACUGAAGGAGAAAGUGAGGACGAAGCAGAGACUCGAUCUGGGAAUCAACCCGGAAAAGGCGUGGUGGGCAAGGGUAAGGCAGAGAACGGACGUCUUCUGGAUAUAUUCAGAGGCACUGUCCCUGUGCCGAUGCGUUUACCAGGGCAACGAUACGAGAGCCAGGGUGCGCGAACGCCGUGGUACUUUUUAAAAUGA